AUGAGAUCGACACGUGAUGCUCGGCCCAUCAAGAUGUGCCCCCGCCGUAUCCCACUGGCACGCCAGGAGGCGGCAUACAAGGCUGUGUUGGAGAUGCAGCGGGCAGAGUUCAUUGAGCCCUCAGACAGUCCCUGGGCGGUGCCAGUCGUCAUGGUUCCGAAGAAGGGGUUUCCCCUCUCCCCAGAAGCCAGAGCCAAAACUGCGUUCUCUACUAACAGAGGACACUGGCAGUUCAAGGUCCUGUGCUUCGGCCUGUGCAACACUCCAGCUAUUUUUGAGCGUUUGAUGGACAGGGUGCUGGAUGGCAUCCCCCGACAGCAGUGUCUGGUAUACCUCGAUGACAUCCUGGCCCAUGGCAGUGUCCCUGAUCAGGACAGUCAUGACAGCAGCUCCUUCCAGUCAGCCCUGGUGGCGCUAGGGCAUGAGCUGGAGCGGGUGGCUGCUGCAGGUCUGAAGCUCCACCCCGAGUGCCACUUCAUGAGUAGAGAGGUGUCCUUCUUGGGCCACCGAGUGGGGAAGGAGGGGAUCAGCACCAUGGAGGACAAGGUUGGGGCUGUCCGAGACUGGCCCACCCACACCGACCAGCGUCAGCUGAAGAGCUUCCUGGGCCUGGCCUCGUACUACAGGAGGUUUGUACGGGGCUUCUCAAGCAUCGCUGCUCUCCUGAACCGCCUGCUGCCAAAGGACAAGGCCUUCACUUGGACAGUGGAGUGUGACGUGGCCUUCAACACCCUCAAACGUGCACUGAUCGAGGCCCCCGUGCUCGCCCCCCCUGACCUCACCUUGCCCUUUAUCCUGGACACAGAUGCGAGCAAUGUGGGCAUGGGUGGGGUUCAGGCCCAGGUGGGGCCAGAAGAGGAGAGAGUGGUGGCGUACUUCAACAGAACAUUUGACAAACAUGAGCGCCACUACUUUGUCACCUGGCAGGAGCUCCUGGCUGUUAUGGCUUCCCUCAAACACUUCAGGUACUACCUGGGUGGCCUGCCCUUUACUGUACGGACUGACCACUAUGCUUUCCAGUGGCUCAUGUCUUUCAGAGAGCCAGAGGGGCAGGUGGCUCACUGGUUGGAGGAGCUUCAGCCGUAUGACUUCACAGUGGUGCACAGGGCAGGGGCACACCCCUCCAACGCCGACGCCAUGUCCCGUCGGCCCUGUACUGGAGUGGAUGUAGUUGGGCCAUUCCCCACCACAGACAGUGGAAACCGCUGGGUGCUCAUGGCCAUGGACUAUUUCACAAAAUGGCCCGAGGCCUAUACUCUGCUUGACCAGGAGGCAGAGACCAUUGUCGACACCCUGACAGCGGGGAUGUUCAGCAGGUUUGGAGCUGCAGAGUCCAUCCACAGUGACCAAGGCAGAAACGUUGAGUCCUGUGUGUUCGCCACCAUGUGUGAGAGCCUGGGUCUGCACAAGACCCCCACUACUCCUCUCCAUCCUCAAAGUGAUGGCCUUGUGGAGCGCUUCAACAAAAUGCUUGGACAGCAGCUGGCCAUCGUCUCCUCCAAACACCAGCGUGACUGGGACAAGCACCUGCCUAUGGUCCUCAUGGCAUGCCGCUCCGCUGUCCAAGACUCCACCUCCUGCACGCCUGCCCUCCUCAUGCUGGGGAGAGAGAUCCGCACUCCUGCAGAGAUGGCGUUUGGGCUGGAGUAUGCCUGGAGACUCCAGGACUGCCUGGAGACAGCCCACACCUUCACCAGAGAGCAGCUGGUGAAUGCAGGUGUGAGGCAGAAGAGGAACUAUGACGUGCACACCCGAGGAAGGCACUUUGUGGCUGGGGAGCUGGUUAGGGUCUACAGCCAGCCCCUAAGGAAAAAAGGCAGAUGCACCAACUUGGACAGUCACUGGGUGGGACCCUGCAGUGUCCUGGAGAGGGUGCCUCAGACAAAGCUCCAGAUAGCCCACUCCCCCUGUCUCCCCCCCUGUGUCACCGCGUGGUUCCCCUGA